CCAAAUUCUCCUCCCCUCAGGCAGAGGUAUAUAGAUGGGGGUUUAUAUAUCCUAGCACUGUAUACAGACAGGGGGACACCAGGAGCAGACGCUGAGACUAUCUGAAAACAAGGAGUAUGAAGACACUCGUGUGCCUGGGUCUCGCCCUUGGACUAAUUGCAGUCGCUUCGGCCUUGACAUGUAAUAUUUGCAGUUUCCGAGUCUUCUCCAUCUGUCUCACCUCGUCCUCCACUGCUGCCUGCACCGGAAGCUGCGCCUCCACAAGAGCCACCUUAGGUUCGGUUUCCCUCUUUUCCAAGCAGGCUUGUCAACCAAAUUGUACAUCUGCUUCAUCAGCAGAAAACACCUUUGGAUUCAAUUAUACCACUUCAUGCUGUACCACCGACCAAUGUAACAGCGGCAACUCUAUGAAGAUCUCUUCCUCUCUUGGGCUUGGCAUGGUCCUUCUGUGGCUAUUAAAUGCCCUGUGAUCCUUCUACACUGUAGUCACUGCAAAGUUAGUACUAUAGGACUACCUUGAAACAAGGGUGAUUGUACAAAUGCACAGGAUUGUUCCUUUCGUAGACUAGCCAUAGUCAACACGUGGCUUGGUCUAUGUUCUGCAAGCUUCUCUAAGCCUCCUAUGAGUUCUCUCCUUGUUUCCCAUUAUUUGCAGCAUCCUUAUAACACAGGCGCCUGUUACAACUUCCCGGCUCUCGUUGGCGGCAAUUUUUUAAAUGUUGCCUCUCUGCCUUUUGUGACAUGAAGUUUCCAAUGGACUGAUUCACAUAGGAUUUACUCAGGAGGCCCUUUUUAUUGCCUGCAAUGCUGUUCUCUGAUACAUAUAUACCUGUACCUGUAUUUUUUUUUUUAAUUAAAUUGAGAACUCAAUGUUGUACAGUAUAAUCUCAACUGAUCCCAGAUUUUAAAUAUGAAAACUUAUUUGUCAUAACUGUUUUUACAUAAUAUUAAUAAAUGAUAUUGGGGGACAUUGUAA